AUGAAAGAUUUAUCAUCGAUAGAACCAAUUCUAAAUAAUAUAGGUUCAUUUAAUGAAGUUCCCACAGAAUAUAAUUCAAAUGAUGCAUAUGAAUCACUUACAAACUCACAAAUAUUAGUUAUUGGAUCAGGUGGUUUAGGAUGUGAAAUUUUAAAAAAUUUAGCAUUAACUGGUUUUAAAAAUAUACAUGUUAUAGAUAUGGAUACAAUAGAUUUAAGUAAUUUAAAUAGACAAUUUUUGUUUAGACAAAAUGAUAUUGGUAAAUCUAAAGCAGAAGUUGCAGCAAAUUUUAUUUUAAAUACUAUUAAUGAUCCACAAUUAAAUAUAACACCUCAUUUUAAAAAAAUUCAAGAUAUGAAUUUGGAAUUUUAUAGAAGUUUUCAAGUUGUUAUUAGCGGAUUAGAUUCAAUUGAAGCAAGAAGAUGGAUUAAUUCAAUUUUAUUUAGUCUUGCACAACAAGAAGAUCUUAUAAUACCUCUAAUAGAUGGGGGAACUGAAGGUUUCAGAGGACAAAGUAGAGUUAUUUUACCAACUUUUACUUCAUGUUUUGAAUGUUCAUUAGAUUUAUUAAGUGCCAAAACAACUUAUCCUGUAUGUACUUUAGCAAAUACUCCAAGAUUACCAGAACAUUGUAUUGAAUGGGCAAGUCAAAUGGAAUGGCAAAAACAAUUUCCUGGAAAAAAAUUUGAUGCCGAUGAUCCUGAUCAAGUUGAUUGGAUGUAUAAAGUAGCUUUGGAAAGAGCAAAAGAAUUUAAAAUUGAAGGUGUUACAAGAAGUUUAACUUUAGGUGUUGUUAAAAAUAUUAUACCUGCUAUAGCGUCAACAAAUGCCAUUAUAGCAGCAAGUUGUUGUAAUGAAGCUUUUAAAUAUAUAACAAACACAAAUCCAAUGUUGAAUAAUUAUAUGUUGUAUUCAGGUGAUGAUUCAAUUUUUACAUAUACAUAUUCAUACACAAGAAAACCAAAUUGUCCAGUAUGUGGAAAUAUAGCUAAAAACAUAGCGGUACAAAAUUGGUGGACAUUACAACAAUUUAUUCAUGAAAUAAAAUCAAAACAAGAAAUUCAAAUGUCAAAUCCAAGUUUAUCAAUUGAUGGUUCUUUACUUUAUAUGUCAAAUCCACCAGAAUUAGAAAGAAUUACGAAACCAAAUUUGAGUAAAAAAAUGAGAGAUUUAGUUGGAAAUGGUAAUGAAAUUGUUAUAACUGAUCAAAAUUUACCUAUUUCAUUAAGAUUUUUAGUACAAUUUGAAGGUAAUUAUAAAGAUCCGGAAUUUUUAUAA